GCGCGGGCGUCUGCCCUUGCCUCGCGACAGGAGCUGAGGCGCCUGCGCACUGGUCCCAGAGCGCCCUCUUUGACUUACCCAGUAGGCAACGCGUCAGUGUCCGGUCAAAAUGGCGAGCAGGCCUGCAGCUGCAGCAUCAAGCCGGUGGCUGGACGGUAUUCGAAAAUGGUACUACGGCGCUGCAGGAUUCAAUAAACUGGGGUUAAUGCGAGAUGACACGAUACAAGUGAAUGACGACGUGAAAGAAGCCAUAAGAAGGCUUCCGGAGAACGUGUAUAACGACAGGGUGUUUCGCAUUAAGAGAGCACUGGACCUGGCCAUGAGGCAGCAGAUCUUGCCUAAAGAGCAGUGGACAAAAUAUGAGGAGGAUAAACCCUACCUUGAACCAUAUCUGAAAGAGGUCAUUCGGGAAAGAAAAGAAAAAGAAGAAUGGGCAAAGAAAUAAUCAUGUAAUCGAAUGUGUGGAUGCAUCUGUCCUCGGUAUUUUAAUGUCAGUUAAACCUGAAAUGUACAAUUUAGAACCAUCUGGGUUGCAAAUACAUUACUUUAAAUAAAUAUCUAUUAUAACUUUUUUUUGGAGUUUUUGAAUUCUAAAUCUCAUUCUUAAUAACUACUGAAUUGAUGUAUCUGUUAAAUUCUUUCCAAACUUACAAGGUGUUUUUCAGUUAGUAUCUAACUGCCUCCUGAAGCCAUUUUAAUCAGUUUCCGUUGCUGGUUGGAUAACUUCUUGAUUUACUGAGGGAUAUAAUACUCUUCCAAGUAGGAGAGUCGCCUUGAUACCACCUUUGCCAAUUAGCAAGGCACCUAGAACCCCCCUCAGGGCCUAACUGGCAGGAAUGGAAGGAGCCAGAAACAGGCACCAGUCAUUUUGUUUUAUCUGAAGCAAAUAGCACUUGAGCAGACUGGCUCUGACUUCCAAAGUUACUGAAUUAAAGGAGAAAGGAUCCAGUCCCUGGUGUGAUAGGAUUGAGAAACAGCCCUUUUCAACUAUUGCUUUCAAAAUAUAAUCAACUUUGCAUCCUAUCCUUUAAAACUAUGUAUAUUAGAAAACAAAAAACUAGGCAUUAGAAAAAUAGACAAAAAUAUAAAGAUGUUAUAUUUUCUUCCCACAUCCCAGUGACUUUUCUACUUUAGAAAUGAUUGCUGUAAAGUAUAUUGUAAUGGUUGGAUACUUACAAUAGUUAAAAGUUUCAAGGUUAUAGGGUAAUUUUUUAAAAUAUAAAUUAAAACCAUUCAGUGAUGUCAUCAUCCCCACCCUUGAACUCUGAAACGCUUCCUUUGGUGCACGCGAGAGCACGAACCAUAGUGAGGGGGGAGGAACUGGGGGACCUGCAGCCUGCACAGUGUCCCGCCGGCACCUGCUGGGCGCGGUAGGGUCUUCCCUCAGAGAAGGAAACAGCAGAGCGUGAAAAACAAGUUUGUGUCAGUUAAAGUUCCUAAAGCUAAAAAGAAAUUAUGUACAUUUGGUAUGUUUUCACAAAAUGAAAUAUGUCGACAGACAUUUAUUUACGUUGGACUUUUGCAACAUAAAUAUAAUGUCUUAAAAACUGGCUGAAAUAUUAGAGUAGUUCAUUAAAUUUCCUAAGAGCCUCCCUUCUCUUUGAUACCCAGAUUAUUUUAUGAAGCAUGUAUUAGGAAAUCUUGGUUUGGGGAGGUUUUUUGGUCUGGUCUGAGUUGCCUAGGUCCUCAUUUGAUAAAGGUUUGGGUCAUGGUAAAAGCAGUUCUUCAACAUGCUUAAUGUUUUGUAAGAUUUGUGGUUCAACUUUGAAUGCAUUUGAGUCUUAUGGUUGGAACAGUACUGCAAGUCACAGAGAAACAGACAGUGGUGGAUGCCAGUGUUAAGGGACAUCUUCGUGAGGGACUGUUUCUUUCAUAAGGGUCAGCUGAUGAGUAAAUGUGUGUCAGGACACUUCCCCAUUAGACGUAACUCAGUAACUGAGAGGCAUUCUCAGACAGAUAGGCACUGCUCAGUGUUACAGUUUUCCAGGUUCCUCAGACCUUUUCAAAUAAACUUGAACCUAAUACAUUGAUGAUUACUGUUAUGUUCAUAUAACCUUUUUGGCUUAUCAUCCUGUGUAGACAGAAUAAUAGAGUGAUUCACAGCCAAUUUAUUCAUUGAUUGGGUAACUUUAAUUUUUUUUUAAUCCUCACCUGAGGAGUUUUUUAUUGCUUUUUAGAGAGAGAGAAAGAGAGAGACAUCAGUUGGUUGUUUCCUGUACACGCCUGGACUGGGGAUCGUAUGUGCCCCGACCGGGGAUGGAAUGUGCCACCUAGGUAUGUGCCCUGACUGGGAAUCGAACACACAACCUUUCAGUCUUGGGAUGAUGCUCAAACCAACUGAGCCACACUGGCCAGGGCUUAUUGGGUAACUUUGGUAGUAUGGUUUAAAAUCUCUGUGCUUCAGUUUCCUCAGCUCUAAAGCGAGGCUAAUGAUAGAACCUGCUUUACUGGGUUGUUUUGAAAAUUAACUGACUUCCUUAUAUGUCAGGCACGUAGAACAGUUCCUGGCACACAGUAAGCACUAUUCUGACUUGCUAAAAAGUUUAAUAAGAAGAAUAAAAACUUAGCCAAAACCCCAAGUUACUAUAGCCAUAAUAAUCUUGUAUUCAUAAACAGGAUGGUGUUAAUAUAGACUUAUGUGUGGCUUUGAAAAUAACCAAAGAAUUUAGAAUUUAAAAGCUAGUUUAACAUAAAGACUAUACUAACCAAAUACUUGAAAGCCUGGUGAGUGAAGUGCAAAUGAGUUUACUCAUUUGGGUGGCAUAAAUUUUAGGAACUGCAGUAUCAGAUACGAAUAUAGUUAAAGGGUCAAUGAGACAAUAACUGGAAAAACGGGGAAAAGGUCCCUUUAUUGAAAUAAGGUACUAAAUUCUGCCAGUAGGUGGCGAUGCGCUGCAACUUUACAACUUCAAGGUGCACCACACUAUUGAAGAUUUAUCCACUCUGUACCCUCACCAACUCCCUCCCCUUCAUUUUUCAGGAUGACAACACCUUAGAGGUUUACGGCCAUCAGGAGAAUUUACUACUAGGCUAUAUACUGAUGUAAUGAAAUCUAAUAUAUGCUGUGCAAUGAAUUAUGAGAUGUUAUUUAGUUUCAGGAUUUUAUUACUUCAAUCAGUUAUGACCAUAUUUCCUUUUAUAUGAUUGCUCACUCUUUAAACAUACCAGAUGACUGUAUAAGAAACACCUAAUAAAGCCCUUAGAUGUUAAAAUCUAAAUGUUUUAAUUUAUUUGCCACAAUUUGUUUAAAUUCUGGUUAUACUUGUGUUCAUAUUAAAAACCAUAACAUUAGAAUCUGAGAUCUCAGGUCAGGUGGUGCCUCUGAAUUAUAUUUUGUGAAGAAAUUUCAUUGUGUGUAGUAGCAGUUGGGCAGGGAAGACAAACUGAAUCAGUGCAAGGCAGUUGGUUCUUAGCAUAGAUUCCAGAAAGACUGUUAAUAUGUGAGGGACUGAGGUAUGAUGUAUUCAGACAAACUAUUUAAGUUAUUCUGGAUUCUGACUAUGUCUCUCCUGCAAUUGAAAGAAUGUAUUUGUUUAACUUUGUGAUUUAAUACAUUUGCCUAUUUUUGCAUAAAUUCCUAAAAGUAAUUUUAAAAUAAAUCCCUGUGAAACUUCUGGUAACAUUAUUCAACUGUCUCAUUGUUCUGUUCAUACUCUGUUUUAAAGAAAAUUUUAUACAUACAUAGAAAAAUUAUAAGCCAAACCCCUCAGAAUAAUUGUCUUAUGAAAGAGUCAGUUUACAAUGGCUUUCUUAUGCAUGCAUUUAAAAUGGGGUUUGCCACUGCACUGGAAACUGAAGUGUAAGGCCAAUGACUUAGGUAGAUCGUUAGCCUUUAGAGAUUGGGGCUCCUCAGCUAUAACAUGAAAGGGUCUGACUACGGAGUCUUUGAGAUUCAUUUCAGCACCAAAACAUUCUAGGUCUGUAUUUGAUUUGUGCACUUUAUUAUUAAUAUAAACUAAUAAUGAUGGAGUAUUAGCUUUGUAUUAGGCUUUGUUGAUAUGCUGUCUCUUUUAAUCUUCCUUGCAAACUUCUGGUGUAGAUAUUGUUAUACCCAUUAUAUGGAAUAAUAAAUUGGGCUUAAAAAGA